AGAUCACAUCUCCUUCAAAAAACCCAAAUCUCUUUUCUAUAUAAAAAACAUAAAAAUAUUUCUUUGUAAACAUAAAAAUAUUUCUUUCUUUUUGUCCUACCGUAAAGAACCUUUUUUUUCUUUCACCUUCAUCUGAAUUCUGACACAUACCAAGAUUUAGGAUCUUUAUUUUGUAGUAGACUUAAGAGGAGGUUGAUAGGGUGAUGGCUAGUAGAAAUUUAGAAAAAUUGGCAUCUAUAGAUGCCCAGUUAAGGCUUUUAGUACCUGCUAAAGUAUCUGAAGAUGACAAGCUUGUUGAGUAUGAUGCUUUGCUUUUGGAUCGGUUCCUUGACAUUCUUCAGGAUUUGCAUGGCGAGGGUAUCACAAAAACUGUCCAAGAAUGUUAUGAGCUUUCUGCUGAAUACGAAAACACACGUAAUAGGAAGAAGCUGGAGGAGCUUGGCAGUGUUUUGACAAGUUUGGAUCCAGGGGAUUCAAUUGUUGUCGCUAAAUCUAUCUCUCACAUGCUUAACUUAGCCAACUUGGCUGAGGGGGUCCAGACUGCCUAUCGUCGGAAGCAAAAGUCAAAAAAGGGCGACUUUUUAGAUAAGAACAACACGAUGACUGAAUCGGACAUUGAAGAAACUCUCAAGAGACUUGUAGUGGACUUGAAAAAGUCUCCUCAAGAAGUUUUUGAUGCCCUGAAGAAUCAGACAGUGGAUUUGGUCUUUACUGCUCAUCCAACUCAAUCUAUCCGGAGAUCUUUGCUUCAGAAGCAUGCAAGGAUCCGGAAUUGCUUGGCGCAGUUGUAUGCUAAAGACAUUACACCUGAUGACAAAGAGGAGCUUGAUGAAGCUUUACAAAGGGAGAUUCAAGCUGCUUUCCGCACAGAUGAAAUCAGGAGGACUCCUCCAACACCACAAGAUGAAAUGAGAGCUGGAAUGAGCUACUUCCAUGAAACAAUUUGGAAUGGUGUUCCUAAGUUUCUGCGCCGUGUAGACACAGCUCUUAAAAACAUUGGGAUUAAUGAACGAGUUCCUUAUAAUGCUCCUCUUAUUCAGUUCUCAUCUUGGAUGGGUGGUGACCGUGAUGGUAAUCCAAGAGUGACUCCUGAGGUCACUAGAGAUGUCUGCUUACUGGCCCGAAUGAUGGCAGCUAAUUUGUACUAUUCUCAGAUAGAUGAUCUAAUGUUUGAGUUAUCUAUGUGGCGUUGCAAUGAAGAACUUCGCGUUCGAGCAGAUGAAAUCCACAGUUCAUUAAAGAGAGAUGAAAAACACUUCAUAGAAUUCUGGAAACAAGUUCCACCAAGUGAACCGUAUCGUGUGAUUCUUGGUGACGUGAGAGAUAAGCUUUAUCAUACUCGUGAGCGUACUCGCCAACUGUUAUCCAAUGGGUUCUCUGAUAUUCCUGAGGAGGCAUCAUAUACUCAUAUUGAGCAGUUCUUGGAACCUCUUGAGCUCUGCUAUAGAUCUCUUUGUGCUUGCGGGGACCGCCCAAUUGCUGAUGGAAGCCUUCUGGAUUUUCUAAGACAAGUUUCCACCUUUGGACUCUCACUUGUAAGACUUGACAUAAGGCAAGAGUCGGAUCGCCACACUGAUGUCCUUGAUGCCAUUACCCAGCACCUGGAAAUCGGUUCAUAUCGAGAGUGGUCUGAGGAACGCCGGCAGGAGUGGCUUCUGUCUGAACUCAGUGGCAAGCGACCUCUAUUUGGACCCGAUCUUCCUAAAACUGAAGAAAUUGCUGAGGUUUUGGACACAUUCCAUGUCAUAUCAGAACUUCCAUCAGACUGCUUCGGUGCAUACAUUAUCUCAAUGGCCACUGCACCGUCUGAUGUGCUUGCUGUUGAGCUUCUACAGCGUGAAUGCCGCGUGAAGCAACCUUUACGAGUAGUUCCACUUUUUGAGAAAUUGGAUGAUCUGGAGGCUGCUCCUGCUGCUGUUGCACGUCUCUUUUCUAUUGAGUGGUACAAAAACCGUAUUAAUGGGAAGCAAGAGGUCAUGAUUGGCUACUCAGACUCUGGCAAGGAUGCUGGUCGGUUGUCCGCAGCAUGGCAGCUAUAUAAGGCUCAAGAGGAGCUUAUAAAAGUUGCUAAACAAUACGGCGUGAAGCUAACUAUGUUCCAUGGUAGAGGUGGUACAGUUGGAAGAGGGGGUGGGCCCAGCCAUCUUGCUAUAUUAUCUCAACCACCUGAUACAAUUCAAGGAUCUCUCCGAGUAACAGUUCAAGGUGAGGUUAUUGAGCAAUCGUUUGGGGAGGAACACUUGUGUUUUAGGACACUCCAACGUUUCACUUCCGCCACCCUAGAACACGGGAUGAAUCCACCUCUCUCUCCAAGACCAGAAUGGCGUGCACUUCUGGACGAAAUUGCUGUUGUUGCUACAGAGAAGUAUAGGUCAAUAGUAUUCAAGGAACCCCGAUUCGUCGAGUAUUUCCGCCUGGCAACGCCUGAGCUGGAGUAUGGUCGAAUGAACAUUGGCAGCCGUCCAUCAAAGCGUAAACCAAGUGGAGGCAUAGAAUCACUUAGAGCUAUUCCAUGGAUCUUUGCAUGGACCCAGACUAGGUUUCAUCUACCAGUCUGGCUUGGCUUUGGGGCAGCAUUUAAGUAUGCACUUAAGAAGGAUAUAAAAAACCUCCCUAUGCUGCAGGACAUGUACAACAACUGGCCAUUUUUUAGAGUCACUGCUGAUUUGGUUGAGAUGGUGUUUGCCAAGGGAGACCCAGGCAUUGCUGCUUUGUACGACAAGCUUCUAGUUUCUGAAGAUUUGUGGUCCUUCGGUGAGCUUUUGAGGUCCAAUUAUGAGGAGACAAAGAGCCUCCUGCUUCAGAUUGCUGGGCACAAGGAUCUUCUGGAGGGAGACCCCUACUUAAAACAACGACUCAGGUUGCGUGAUUCCUAUAUCACUACCUUAAAUGUGUGCCAAGCUUACACACUAAAGCGAAUUCGGGAUCCAAACUACCAUGUUACUCUGAGGCCCCGCAUUACCAAGGAAUACAUGGAAUUGAAGCCUGCUGCUGAACUUGUGAAACUGAACCCGGGAAGUGAUUAUGCCCCCGGUUUGGAAGACACGCUCAUCUUGACCAUGAAGGGUAUUGCUGCUGGAAUGCAGAAUACUGGUUAAAUUUAUUCUGUUUUGAUGGUUGUACUUGAAGAGCAGUGAUCCUCUCUUGUUUUGAGGUGGUAAUUGUAUUUGCCCAUCCUAAUGUAUACAGUAAAAAUAUUGUAUGCUCGAGUUCAUUUUGUUUCCAACUUCUAGUUUAGUAAUCCCAUCUAAUGGCUGAAUAAUUAUUGCCCUCUUGUUUACUAGCUUCUUGAAUAAAACUAUGCUGGAAGAAGAGUACUUUUCUUGUUUUACCAAA